AUGUUGCUGAAAGAAAUCUUUCUUUUCAAGGAUCCAACCCUACUCGACGAUCAUUAUUUUAUGCAAAAAUUAUCAUACCUACGUGAUCAGCACCGCCAAACAAUUCGAUACCUGAGCAGAGUCCGGCGAUGUCUAACCGACCCGAAACCAAGUACUUCAUACGUCUUCGAUGAACAAGCGUAUUUGGCUGAUCGUGAAAAAUUGAGAACGCUUGGAGGGUCUUCAGAAUCGUUAAACGAAGAAUAUUUACGCGAAUUCUCGGCUCAAGACGGGUAUGAGGCGGUGGAAGAGGAGGAGAUUCCUGAUUACUACCACAAUCAACCAGCAGCAGCUUUUAAAAAACCAACUACGGAAUCGAAUGAAGAAACUAGGAAUCGACGGCGUAAUGACGGAAUUUCCACCACAUCAUCUCUAUAUUCUCAACAACGACUCGGAGAAUAUUCGAAGAAUUAUUUGGAAGUUAGGGGAUCAUUCUUUAAGGGUCGCGCCAAAAGCCUUCACGAUCUUCGCACCAGGGCUGAACGACCGAAGUGGACACCCAACGUUACGAUACUAAGACCAUUUUCGAUGACGGAAAGAGCGCCUAGAGAAAAUAGCUAUUCGAAAAAGUUCCUGCAACAAAUGCAAGAGGAGAGGGAACAAAAAGCCCGGGAAGAAGAGGAAAAACUUAAAAGGAUUCCAAAAUUCAAAGCCCGAAAACCACCAACUACUACUUAUGUUCCAGACAAUUUUCGGGUUUUUGAUGAGAAAUACAUCGAGGCUAUAAGAAAGAAAGUGAAUGCAAAUCUUCGGGCUCGACAGCUGGGUGGAGGUGGAUGGUAUAAAUCGGCGAAUGACAUAAGUGAAGAAAAUCCAAAGCGCGCCAAGCCGGUUCCGCUUUCAACUUAUAUUGCUCCGGUGCCGAUAGCUGAGGUUCGGAGGGAACAGCAAGCCCAUAAAAGGGCGCUUGGACUUUUGGAGCAAGCCGCCUCUCCCAAUGGAAUUAGGGAACACGAAACUCUAACACACAUUCGUGGCAAAAUGCGGCAUCACGAUUGUCAGGAACAACAGUUUGGCAGAAUCGUCCGCUCGCGAUCUGUGCCCGAUUUCCGAACCAUCCACUCCAAACUACGUGAACAACUCGAAACGGCUCGCAGAAAGCCCAAUACAGUCCCUAAACCCUUUCAUUUGUCUGAAGGGAAGAAGAAUCGGCAUAAUGCGUACGGACAACCACCUCUGAUCCGUCCGACCAAAGCUGAAAAAUUAAGAAAAACAGCUGUGCGACAGAGAAUGCAUGAACAAUAUCGCCACGAAAAUGAAUCCCGCGACUUUUGGGAAUCACGCCGGGAAGCAAUGGAGGAAAACAGAAGACGUCUGGCUGCUACCCUUGGAGAACGGGGACCCACUUUUGAUAUUGAUGAAAGAACGGCGGAACGAAGAAGGGGUCAAAUGGAAACGGCCAAGGAGUACGAGAGGCAACUUGACGAAAUGCGCUCCCGGAUCAUGGCCCGGCCACUGAUCAUUGAGCAGCAAGAAGCCCUAAUACAGAAGCAGACCAUGGAACGGAAAUUCGGGCAGCGAAUUGCCGAUUUUAAUAAGCAACAGAAGACCAAGGCUCGUGCUCAGUCGGCUGGUCCUAGAGAGGUUACACUGAAAUCAGACUCUCGUCGAGACUCCAACGAAACCUACCUCAUCGACAACGAGCGGCACGUCUUCGAAAACUACAAGCUCAUCCUCAUCCUCAUCGUCAUCGGGUUCAUCGAGUUCGUCGCCUUCAGGAUCGGGCUCAAAAUCCGGCUCGAAGCCAAAGGAGGACGGCUCGCUCCAAUCUGCCAGUUCCAGUUC